AUGUCUACGGAUAACAUAGAAAAAUUAUAUCAAAAUUAUGGCAUCCUAGCCGACGCCAAAGAUGACAUCUCAAAGCAUGAAAAAGAGUACUUGGAAAUACUAGCAGCAGUCAAAGGAUCUGACAAGGAAAAACGUUUGGCAUCACAAUUUAUUGCUAAAUUUUUCAACAGUUUUCCUAAUUUAGCCGAUCAAGCCAUUGAAGCCCAAUUUGAUUUGUGUGAGGAUGAUGAUAUAGCCAUCCGGAAACAAGCUAUCAAGGAUUUGCCUACGCUAUGUAAAGACCACAAAGAACAUACUCAAAGAAUUGCUGACAUACUGGCGCAGCUUUUACAAACAGAUGACACAACAGAAUCAACCAUUGUCACUAACUCGCUGCUGUCAAUUUUAAAGAUAGAUGCUAAAGGUGCACUAACAGGUUUAUUCUCACAAAUACAUCAGAACUCCGAUACUGAAGUCACAAAUGAAGUUGUUAGGGAGAGGUGCAUUAAAUUCUUGGCUACUAAAGUGAAACAACUUGGCAGAGAAGUCAUUAACAAGGAAGCUGAAGAGUUAAUCAUUUCAGAAUGCAAGAAACUGUUAGAGAGCCAAGAUGUAAUAGCUGAAGAGUUUGAUCAUAUUAUGGACUUAUUGACAUGGUCAAAAUUAGGGAAAUCUCCUUUGGGCAGAAAGGAACUUGUACAAAUUGUUGCUGCUCUUGCAUUCACCCCUGAUGACUGUCACCCGGAAGACCCUGAAUAUUUAGAGAGGAUUACACAAUGUUCCCAACAUGCCCUACCCUUGUUUUCAGCUCAAGUAGAUUCUAACCAGUUUAUCAAUUUCUUCUGUGAUCAUGUACUUAGAAGGUGGGAUGAAAUACCAACUCCUGAAGGAGCAGCCGAUGCUAAAUUAGAUCUCCUUAAAUUAUUUGCUGAACUUACAGAGCAUUGUGGAGAGUUAGAAAAUCCACAGCAGAAAAUUGAUGCUGUUUAUGAUUUGCUCAUGAAAUAUCUACCAGAGGCACCAGUAGAAGAUGAUGGGAAAGAUGGUAAUAAAACUGAAGCAAAACCUGACGAAGCUAAAUCAUCACCCUCUCUUCAAUUUUCCCAUGUAGAAUGCGCGUUGUUCUCACUGCACUCUUUAUGUCGGAAGUCGCCGGAUGCUCUGAGCGCCGAUGCUGCUAAACUCAAACCCCUGCGCUUACGUCUACAAUAUACAGCGCGUCUUACACAAGGGUACAUAAAAAAAUUGAAGGAAGUUACACAGAAAGGAGAAGAUGCCGAUUCAGAAGAAAACAAAUUGAAAGUUGCUGCAUUGAAGACCACAUCUAAUAUCAACACUCUCAUCAGAGAUCUUUUCCGUACUCCGCCAAGCUUCAAAAGUAAAGUUCAACUGUCUUUCCAGUCAAAGAAAUCUGAGAGAGAGAAAGAGGUUAAAGAACAAUCAGAUUCUGAAGAUAAAAAACAGUCACCCGGACAAAAGCGACACCGCCCUAUCACCUUUGAUAAUGAACAUGACAAAAGGUCUCCUGAAAAACGAUCGAGAAGUGGAGAUAGAAAUAUAAAAAUGUACACGCCUCCUUCGGGCAAAUACAGUUCACGUCUUAAUAACAAUGGAAGAUUUUCAGGUAUCCACUUUCCACCGAACCUAACACGAUUCUUAAAGACCCUUGUCAGCAGCUCACCAGAUCCUCAACUCGGCAAACCAGCGAUGUUGUCAGCAGUUAUGAUGAGAAAAGUAGAUCCACAAAUUCCAUAUAGGGAUGGCACUGAAAAUUAA